AUGAUUGACUACGGGUCACGAUUCGAAGUACUUUUCUACGACGAAGAGAGAGAGAUCCCUGAGCUCAAGAAAGAGCUUAACUCGCCGAAUUCUUACAAAUGGGACUCGCCACCUCAUGGCUUGCUGAAAUGUAACGUUGAUGCAUCUUGGUCUUCAGAACAGGGUAGUUGUGGUUUUGGCUUGGUUUUAAGAGAUGAAAGAGGAGACAUGAAAUGGUGCGGAGCUAAGACCUACCAUGCUCUACUAUCUCGUCUUGAAGCGGCAGCGGCAACUUUGACUUGGCCUGGGCAAUGA